UAAAACGGCGUCCUUUACUGUACAUGUUGACAAUGCCAUAAGUGCGUUAAGUGAAUUUCUAAUAAAUAUUUGGGGACCGGUAACCCCAGCAACAUAUUAGCUCAUUGAAGCUAACGUUAGACAAUGUAAAUUGUCCUGCUAGCUAGCGAGCUGGCUAAAGUUAGCUGAAACGAUUGUGUCAGCACAUCUACAUUUAUCUGCCCCGGACGCCGCUGGAGGGGGGCACGAAUCCCAACAAGCAGAACCGGUGUUAGAGACAAUAAAUGGUCCUGUCCAUGAUAAUGUGAGCAGUAGUUAUCUCACUGGGUUCGUCUCUGUAGCACGAUGCUAACAGGAGCUACUGAAGCUACUGAAGCAAGAACGUAAACAAAAGCCCAUCGGUUCGCUACUCUCACGAUUUGUAUUUGUCUCCACACGCACGGCGUCUCAUAGCUGUGUAGAAAUGAGAUCCCGUUAGGAGCUAUGAGUUAACAACACUUGACUUAGGAGCAAGGAGCGAGUACAGACUGCAAACAGAAUGACCAGCUCAUCUGCUCCCAGGAUGGUGAAUAGUUACAAGCGGACUUCAAGCCCCCGAUCCCCGACAAACAGCGGGGAGCUUUUCACCCCUGCACAUGAGGAAAAUGUGCGCUUUAUUCAUGAUACCUGGCAGUGUGUUCUCCGAGACAUCAGAUCAACACAAAAUAGUGAACGUAAUGACCGUGGACCACAGGAGUAUGUGGAGAAGAACCCAAACCCUAACCUACAUUCUUUCACACCAGUGGACCUAAGCGACCUCAAGAAACGCAACACACAGGACUCCAAGAAGUCCUAGUCUUUCUCAUGAUGGUCCAGUCACUUCUUUCCACCCAUUAUCCUCGAGAACUGUUCCUCCAUCAGCCAGAAAGUCAGCCCUGUUGGCCAGUCUAGCACAGAAUGCCAAUCUCAUUUCUCAACUCUGGACCAUAGCAAUGCCUGUCUCUUUCUUUACCUGCUACAACUGACAAUGAAGAAAAGAACCAGGAUCCCAGGGAGCACAAAUCCUCUCGUCUCUUGGUUCAUGUUUUUUCAAGUCACAAAAUGUUCAUAAAUACAUUCUUUAUGUGGAUGGGACUGAUGCAGACGUUCAUCAACAUUUGCUGACAUCUGAUGCUGAGGUACAAACUGUCAACACUCCACAGGACACAAAAGACUACAGUCUUAAAUAUAAACCUUUUCUUUACUACUGCUACUUAUAUGACUUAGGAGGACAAUGUGAAAGGGCUGACUUCUUUUUUUCUUUUGUUUUCUUUUUUUUUGGAACAUAGUAUGAUCAGUAAAUUGUAGAUGUAAUUGAAUUAGGUAUACACUUUGGGAAAGUUUUGGAAGCCAAAUGCAAUGUAGAAGGCCAACGUUUUUAUUAUAUAUUUCCUUGCCCUCAAAUGGACUUUACUAAGUAGAGACCUCCCCGAGUAUGCUGCCCUUGGUUAACCCCUCUAAGCCUUGAAACAAAAUGUUGAAUAAAAGACUUUUACAGUA